ACUUGGAUGAAAUAUCGAUUGUCAUCCCCAAUUGUUCCAAUUGGGUGAAAAUUAGACCGAAAAACUUGGAAAAUCUAACAGAUCAAUUAAAACAUGACGGAGCUGCUGAUUGAUCCAGACAUCCGCGUGUGGGUGUUUCUGCCCAUCGUGCUGAUCACUUUUUUGGUGGGCAUUGUGCGGCACUACGUCUCCAUACUAAUUUCCACACAGAAAAAGGCCGAGAUCACCCAGAUCCAGGACAGUCAGGCGAUGAUACGGGCACGUCUGCUUCGUGAGAACGGCAAAUAUCUGAGUGCCCAAAGUUUCUCUAUGCGAAAGAACUUCUUUAACAACGAAGAGACCGGCUACUUCAAAACCCAGAAACGAGCUCCAGUGGCCCAAAACUCAUCCGCCAUGCUCACCGACAUGGUCAAGGGUAACUUCAUCAACGUCCUGCCCAUGGUUGUGAUCGGUGGCUGGAUCAAUUGGAUGUUCUCGGGCUUCGUCACCACCAAGGUGCCCUUUCCGCUGACCCUGCGUUUCAAGCCCAUGCUCCAGCGGGGCGUGGAGCUGGCGUCCUUGGAUGCUGCCUGGGUCUCUUCGGCUUCCUGGUACUUCCUGAACGUCUUCGGCCUCCGCUCUAUCUACACUCUUGUCCUUGGCGAGAACAAUCACGCCGACCAGACGCAGGCCCAAGCGGAUGCCAUGACUGGCGCUGCGAUGACCAUGCCGCAGGAUCCAAAGGCGGCAUUCAAGGCCGAGUGGGAGGCACUGGAGAUCACCGAGUACCAUAAUGCCCUCAAAAACAUUGACGCUGAUAUGCUGACCAUCGUUAACGCUGCAUUGGACAAGAGUCCUUGAGUGACGAAGCCUGCGGGCUCAUCCUAAUUAAGAUAUUUUAGCAAAUUCCCAGAUGUAACAAAUCAGAUUUUGUUUAAGAGUCCAAAAGGGGUUAAAAUAAAGCAAGUUGUGUGUCUAUAA